GAAAGAGGAAGAGCAGGAGGAAAUCAUCCAGGUUCCAGUCACUGGUGUCCAGUUGAAGAGUGAAGAUGAAUGUCAAACUGAUGAGAGGGAGAGGCGAGGGGCGGAGCCUCCAAGCAGGAACAGCUCAAGUGAUGGAGACCUUUGUGAAAGAUCACAAACAGACCGUCAUGAUGAUGAUGAACAACCGGAAGACGAUAUGACAUGUCACACUUCCAAAAAAUGCUGGAAAUGUUCUCGCUGUCGGAAAGCUUUUACUUCCAUGAGAAAUUUCAACCAACACAUGAAAAUACACACAGGAGAGAAGCCUUUUGGAUGCUCAGUUUGUGGUCAAAGAUUCACUCAGAAAGGACACUUAAAUGUACACACCAGAACCCAUACUGGUGAGAAAGAUUUUUCUUGCCCAGUUUGUGGUGAAAGAUUCACUCGGAAGGGAGAUUUUAAAAUACACACAAGAAUACACACUGGUGAGAAACCUUUUUCCUGCUCAGUUUGUAGUCAAAGAUUCACUCAGAAAGGAGGUUUGAAAGAUCACACAAGAAUACACACUGGUGAGAAACCUUUUUCUUGCCCAGUUUGUGGUGAAAGAUUCACUCGGAAGGGAGAUUUUAAAAUACACACAAGAAUACACACUGGUGAGAAACCUUUUUCCUGCUCAGUUUGUAGUCAAAGAUUCACUCAGAAAGGAGGUUUGAAAGAUCACACAAGAAUACACACUGGUGAGAAACCUUUUUCCUGCGAAGUUUGUGGUCAAAGAUUCACUCGGAAGGGAGAUUUAAAAAUACACACAAGAAUACACACUGCUGAGAAACCUUUUUCCUGCUCAGUUUGUGGUCAAAGAUUCACUCAAAAGGGCGAUAUGAAAAUACACACAAGAACGCACACUGGUGAGAAACCAUUUUCCUGCUCCGUAUGUGAGCAAAGAUUCACUCACAAGGGAGCUUUGAAGACACACACAAGAACACACACUGGUGAAAAACCUUUUUUCUGCUUAGUUUGUGGUCAAAGAUUCACUCGGAAGGGGAAUUUAAAAAUACACACAAGAAUACACACUGGUGAGAAACCUUUUUCCUGUUCAGUUUGUGGUCAAAGAUUCACUCGGAAAGGAGAUAUAAAAAUACACACAAGAAUGCACACUGGUGACAAACCGUUUUCGUGCUCAGUUUGUGGUCAAAAAUUCUCUCAGAAGGAACUCUUAAAAAGACACACUAGAACACACAAUGGUGAGAAACCUUUUUCGUGCUUUGUUUGUGGUCAAAGAUUCACUCAGAAGGAACACUUAAAAAGACACACAAGAACACACACUGGUGAGAAACCUUUUUCCUGCUAUGUUUGUGGUCAAACAUUCUCUAGGAAGGACAGCUUAAAAAUACACACAAAAACUCACAUUGGUGACAAACCAUUUUCCUGCUCGGUAUGUGAUCAAAGAUUCACUCGGAAGGGAUAUUUAGAAAUACACGCAAGAAUGCACACUGGUGAAAAAUCUUUUUCCUGCUCAGAUUGAGGUCAACGAAUCUCUUCUUAGUAGCCCUGUGUUUUUUUGCGAUUUAUGGGGACCAGAACCCACCGUUUAAUGUGGAAAAACUCAGAAGUAGACCCCCCCACCCUUACACACACACAGGCAUUCACCCCCCCCCCAUGUGUAUCUUGGUACCAGAAUGAAUAAAAUAUCUAAAUUGGAUUUAUACUUGACGCAGUGGAGGCUCAGAUUACAACAGGACACGUAUUUCUUGGAGUCCUUAAUUUUAAAGCUUUUGUUAAUUUUUCCUGCAGCAGUCGCCUGACUCUGGUGUAUCUCUCACUCUCUCUCUCUGUCUCACUCACUCACUCUCUCUCUCUCUCUCUCUCUUUCUCUCUCUCUCUCUCUCACUCUCACUCACACACUCACACACACACACACACACACACACACACACACACACACACACACACACACAUUGAAAUCUGCACCAAUCAUAACUCUCUCCGGGAUGCUCAGGACUACUUCGUCUAUUUCCUUCCAGAAUUUCUCUUUCAACUCAAGGUCACAUCCUACUUGUGGGGCAUAGCCGCUAACCACAUUAUACAUAACACCCUCAAUUUCAAAUUUUAGUCUCAUCACUCGAUCUGAUACUCUUUUCACCUCCAAGACAUUCUUAGCCAGCUCUUCCUUUAAAAUAACCCCUACUCCAUUUCUGUUCCCAUCUACCCCAUGGUAAAAUAAUUUCAACCCUGCUCCUAAACUUCUCGCCUUACUCCCUUUCCACUUGGUCUCUUGGAUGCACAAAGUGUAAAAUGAUUUACUUUAUUGACCGAGAACCAACUUUCUUGUAUUCUGUCUAGCACCUAUUAUUGUAUCUUCGACCCAUAACAAAGGUCUCUUGUCCGGAAACAGCGGUUGAUCAGAUUUGAUCUUAUCUGAUUCGUAUAAGCGAAAAUAUCAGGCUAAUCAUAAUAUUUUCAGGUUAUUGAGAUGUCUUGAGUAGAAAUGUCUGCCUAUGUUUUCGUAAUGACUGACAUUUUUGUGACACGAAGCCACAUUUCUUGGGCGGGCCUUGCAAGGAAGUGAUACUCUGCCGUGUUUGUCAUUUUUAGGAUGACGUCCUUUUCCAUCCCAAUCCAUAAAUUUGUUUUGUUGUUGUUGUUUUUCUUAGCACGAUAAAUUUGUGAAGGAACAUAAUUAGGGGGUACUAUUUAUUGUUCAUGUGUAACAAUAUAUGACAUCAAUGUAAGAUACAGUACCAACUUGAACAAAGUGGUGUUCAUAAACUUUUUAAUGGUGGUUUUUGUUGACGAAAAUGGGGCAUUCCAAAAACAAUUAGUUUUUCACCAAUUGCUCCAAAAUGUAUUUUUCAUUUUCCUGAUCAUGCAUGCAUUUGGCAAUUGAACUACUCAAAUGAGAAAGCCAAAUUAUUUAACGAAUGACUAGAGUUUGGAAAAUCGCAACUGUUUUUAGAUGUACUUGUUUUUCAACAUUUCUGAUUUUUAAAGGAAUGAGAAAGGUCUUCAUGGCUCACCCAUAAUGAUUACAAAUAAAAUGUAAAUGAAUAAUCAGUUCCUCAUCUGCAACUGUGUAUUUAUUUCCAAUUCCACUGUGGUAAAGUUAGUAUUUCUAAAUAAAAAUGAAUAAAUUACCCUGA